CUGCCCCUUUGGGAAGAAAUCACAUAGAGGGAAGGAGAGCAACUGCCCUUGUCCUAGCUGUGAUCCCUGCCUAAUUCACUGCUUUUUCGACUUGGCACUUCAGUUACUAACAAGAAAAUUAAACUUUCAGGAGACAUACCCUCCCAGCACAAACGCAAGUUCCCACAGCAACUAUGGCAAGUGGUACGGAUUCAGAUGGUGAGCAAGUGGUGCCAGAUGAAGAACGGCCCAAUGUGAAAGCAGUGCAAGCCCACUAUCUUCGCAGUCCCUCUCCCAGCCGAUAUUCAGUGAUGUCAGAUACAGACACUGAAAGCAUCUUCAUGGAGCCCAUCCAUCUAUCAUCUGCUGUGGCUGCUAAACAAAUCAUCAAUGAAGAGCUGAAGACAAAGGAGGUGAAAGUAGACUCUAUGUGUCCAGGGAUGCUGGAAUCUGCAGAGCAGCUACUGGUAGAAGACUUGUACAAUAGGGUUAAGGAAAAGAUAGAUGAUACCAGCUUGUUCAACACACCAUGUGUCAUGGACUUGCAGAGGGCACUUGUGAAAGAUCGUCCUGAGUCCCCGAAAGAUGCCAUUGAUGAGGUCUGGCCGAAUGUCUUCAUAGCAGAAAAGAGUGUAGCAGUGAAUAAAGGUCGCCUAAAAAGACUAGGAAUUACACACAUCCUCAAUGCUGCUCAUGGAACUGGUGUGUAUACAGGGCCAGACUUCUACAAUGGCAUGGACAUCCAGUAUUUAGGCAUUGAGGUGGAUGAUUUUCCGGACAUGGACAUCUCUAAACAUUUCCGCCAGGCAGCAGAAUUCCUUGAUGAAGCUCUACUAACUUAUAGAGGAAAAGUCUUGGUCAGCAGUGAAAUGGGAAUCAGUCGCUCAGCAGUGCUGGUAGCUGCUUAUCUGAUGAUCUUCCAUCAUAUGACAAUCUUGGAGGCUCUGAUGACCAUACGCAAGAAGCGAGCCAUUUAUCCCAAUGAUGGUUUCCUGAAACAGCUCCGGGAGCUCAACGAAAAGCUACUGGAGGAACGACAAGAGGAAGAUGGAGAAGAUUCUGAUGAUGACACAACUGGUAGUCAGAGUUCUGUUGUCAGAGCUGGAAGCUGUUCCUUGCUUUCUGGGAGAGAAGAUUCUACAAGUAUCAUGGGAGCCAAAGUCCACUCUAUCAUGGUGGAGGAAGAAGAUACAACAAGCCUCCUGGGAAGUGUAAUGAGUUCCUCCUCUGUGGGAAAAUCGAGCUUGGUUUCCAGACAGCCUACUCUUAUCAGCGAAGAAGAGGAGGAACAGCUCUAUGAAGAAUGGAGAAAGAAGCAAGGUUUGCCUGCAAGGGAACUUUCAAACAAGAAUGGAGAAAGCAAACCCUCAGACCUUACAUUUCAGGUACAGGAAGAGUCUGAGGAAGAUACGGGUUGGAUGAUCCAAGAGUGGCAGUCCAAAAAUGAGAAGUACCAAAUGGAAAGCUACUUGUUUCCCAAGCAAGAGGACGGAGGCUGUAGCAUGGGAGGAAGACCAUGCUCUGUAAAUGGUAUAAGUGAUACUGAAAGCGUGAGUAGCCAAGAGAUCAGGUUCUUGAAACAACAGGUAGAAGCAAGUAGCAUUAAUAGAAUGAGGAGAGGGCGUACAGACUCCAUGUCUACAGAAAGCAGCUGGGAUAUGUGGAAUGAGAGGAUGAUGGAGAUAGAGAAGGAAGCUGCUCAGAGAUAUUGUUACAAAACUAAACGUGGUGGUGAGAAUCUAAGGCCUGACAAUGGAAUAAAGGGGAGGGAUGUUGAUGAGGAAAGUAUAUUAUCUGAUACUAGCUCAUUUUAUAAUUUCUGUCAAAAGAACAAAGACAAACUAACCCCUUUAGAAAGGUGGAAAGUCAAGAGAAUCCAGUUUGGUUUUCACAAAAGAGACUUGGAAGCCUCCGAGCAAUCAAAAGGUGAAGACAGCAGCCAACAAAAUAAAGAGGCUAUAGAAGAGGAGAAGAACUUAUCAGAAAGCAACCUGACAGCUUACCAAGCCUGGAAGGCUAAACACCAGAAGAAGGUUGGCAAUGAGAAUAAGGAUGAGAUUGUGGAGCUUGCUAAAGGUGAAGAUUCUGUUUCUGCCAGGAGAAAGCAGAGGCGAAUGGAGUUACUUGAACACUCAAAGAAAGUUCUGGAAGAAAGUCAGUCUCUCUGCAGCUGGGAGGCAGAGAGCGCAAUGAGUGGAAGCAUCCCAUUAUUGGCCUUUGGGCCAUCAACAGCUUCUGUAAAUGGUGCAGAGGAUUCUGCUUCAGCACUGAGCAUGCAGACCAAUCACUCAUCUUUCUCACAGGCUAGAGGCAGUAGUGGGGCAAUGCCAACCCAUGCAGUAGCAACAGGUGUGCCCAACCUUCAAGUUGGCCCAGAAGACACAAUAUCAAUAGCCAGUAUUCAAAACUGGAUUGCCAAUGUCGUUAAUGAAACGAUUGCUCAGAAACAAAAUGAGAUCCUGAUGUUGUCUCGCCCAUCAUCAGUAUUAGCUUCUAGUGUUAAAUCAGGUGAUCUAGGUAGACAUCUGGAUGAUGACAAGUGCUCCCUGCUUAGUGCACAGAAUAGCUUAUUGCUAGCUAGUUCACUGCUUCACCAGCAGGGCAACCAAUAUACUGACACUCAGUCCAUCCUAUCUUGUAACACUUCAGUGAGUGGAAGGACAGGAGGAUCCAGCUCAAACAGAAAAGUGACACAAACAAGCAAGCCUCUUUACAGCCUCUUUGGCGAUGAGGUUGACUUGAAGAAACUUAGCAGAAAGGAAAAGGAAAUGCAAAUGGAGAUGAGAGAGAAAAUGUCAGACUACCAGACUGAGAAGCUUAUUGGUGAUAAUAAACGUAGCACUUUAUUUAAGAAGAAAAAGAUCAAGGAAGAGGAUGAGGAUGAGAAGGCAGAAAGUGAUACCAAAAAUGCAAUCGGUGGUUUUAGGUACCCUGUGCAAGCAGAUCUUGACAGAAGCGACACAGCUGACCAGUUUGCCAGUGCUGGCAUUAUAAGAUCAGAAGUGGAGAACAAUGUAAACAAGUGGCUCAGUGGCUUGAAAACAGAAGAAAAGCCCUCAUACCAGGACUGCUCUGACACUAGUGGAGAGAAAUACAGGAGAACAUCCAGAUUCAGAGAGGUGGACACUGAAGCUUCUAGCUAUAAAUUUUGCAGUUCUCAAAGAGAAAAAAUUGAUAGGUCUUCAACUUUUCAGUGUAAUGAUGACUUACAGAGAACCUCCUCACGAUUUUCCUCUGCCUCUGCACGAGAAGACAAGGCAGCCCACACAUUCACACGGUCAAAAUUUAGCGAGACAAGUUCCAGAGAAGAAAGCCCAGAGCCGUACUUUUUCAGAAGAACUCCAGAACCAUCCUAUAGCCCUGGGUCUUCUGAACCAUCCUCCAGGAAUCGGAUCAGAUCGCAUCACUUAGAAGAGCAUGAGGAGGAGUCCAGUUCAGACGUGUCUGAGUUUGGAGCCAAGAGAAAGUUCACCCAGAGCUUUUCAAAGUCUGAGGAGAAUGCAGAGAAAGAAGAAAAGGCAGAGGAAAGAAAAGAGUGUUAUGCAUCGAGGCAGUUGUUCACACACAGGCAAAGCACCCGCAAGGAGAAGGAAGAAGAAAUGGAUGAUGAUGCCAUCAUUGCUGCCUGGAGAAAUCGGCAAGAAGAAACUAAGGCAAAGCUCCGGCGAAGGAGAGAAGAGUGAUGGAGAACAAAGUCAUGCCAAAUCCAUGUCGCUCCCCCUGCCCCACCACCAUUUGAAGGAAAGCCUUCACAGUCUCUGCAAGAAACCAAGACUAAAAAAAUGCCUCAUUUUAAUCAUCCUCCACUGUGUUUCAUAUCAUCCUUCCCAGCACUGUUUUAGUCUCUCAGGGGUUCUCUUAUGUUUAAUUUGCAACCUGAGAGGAGAGUAAUAAUAGUGGCUCUUCCAAAGAAAGAGGGAUUUUGUCAACAGUUAAUUCUUGAUAUAUAUAAUUAUGCCAGGUGGUACUUGAGAAUUUCUUUAACAAAUCAGUAAAAAAUAAUUAGCAAUAAUAAUAAUUAAAACAAACAUCAGACUCAAACAAUUUGCUUCAGAUAUGCAUUUUAUUUUGUUUUCUUCAAUCAUUGAAGAGUCACUCUAGUAUUUUCCUUUUGUUUCAUCCUGAUUAGAAUUGGAACAAAAUAAACAGCCUUUGCCACCA